AUGACAGCCACCGUCCACGGCCACGCCGACCCGGCAUUCCAAGGCCUCCGCACGCUGAUGCAAGAACUAAUCGAGUCCGGAGAAGAAGACGGAGCGUCGCUGGUGAUCAAUGUGGCCGGGCAGAACGUGGUCGACCUCUGGGGCGGGUACGCGGACGCGGGCCGCACGCAGCCAUGGGCCCAAGACACCAUCACCAACAUCUGGUCGUCGACCAAGCCCGUGGCGGCGCUGGCCACGCUGAUGCUGGUCGACCGUCAGCUGCUGGACCUGGACGCCCCCGUGGCCCAGUACUGGCCGGAGUUCGGGGCCGAGGGCAAAGCGGACGUGGACGUGGACGUGGACGUGGUGUUGGUCAAGCACCUGCUGGCGCACACCUCAGGCCUGUCGGGGUGGGAGCAGCCGUUCAGCGUGCAAGACCUGUACGACUGGGACACGGCGGUCGCGCGCCUGGCACGUCAGAAGCCCUGGUGGGCGCCGGGCUCGGCGUCGGGAUACCACUCGCUCAGCUACGGCCACUUGCUGGGCGAGUUGGUGCGCCGCGUCACCGGCCAGUCCCUCCGACACUUUGUCCGCGACCACAUCGCCGGCCCGCUGCAGGCCGACCUGCAGAUCGGCGCCGAGGAGCAGGACUGGUCGCGCAUCGCGCCCGUGGUGCCUCCGCCUCCGCCGCAGCAACCUUCACCGGCCCGGCCAUCGACGCCAGUGACUCGUGGUCGCCGGAGUGGCGCCGCCGCCAACGGCCACUCCAAUGCCCGCGGCCUGGCUCGCGCCUUGUCCGCCAUCACGCUGGGCGGUACCGUCGACGGCGUCAAGCUGUUGUCGCCCCAAACCAUCGACCGGAUCUUUGACAUUCAGGCUGACGGCACUGACCUCGCGCUCGGCGUCCCCAUACGUUUCGGCAUCGGCUUUGGCUUGACAGGUGGUGCCACCGCCCAGGCUGUAGAUUGGUUGCCCGCGGGUAGAGUCUGUUUCUGGGGAGGCUGGGGCGGCAGUUCGAUCGUCAUGGACCUCGAUCGUAAAGUCACCUUUUCUUAUGUCAUGAAUAAGAUGGGUGGUGGUCUUCUUGGCUCGGCCAGAACCGAGGCCUAUUUAAAAGCCGCAUACAAGGCCUUGGCCGUCGAAGGUUAUUGA